ACCCUGCCUCUCAUUUUUUCCUAGCGUGGCGGCCAUAGCAAUCUGCUGAAAAGUAUUCGAACUUGAGUGAAUAAAAUUUAAAAAGUGUAACAAUAGCCCCAAGCAACCCAGCUCAAGCCUUUUUUGCUGUAGAGACACGACACGUGAAAGAGUAAAUAAUCAAAAAAAAAAUGGUCAAGGAAACUGGUUACUAUGAUCUUUUGGGAGUGAAGCCCAAUGCCACGCCCGACGAGCUGAAGAAGGCGUACCGGAAGCUGGCCCUCAAGUACCACCCCGACAAAAAUCCGAACGAGGGCGAAAAGUUCAAGGCAAUCUCGCAGGCGUACGAGGUGCUCUCUGAUGCGGACAAGCGGCAGAUCUACGACGAUGGCGGCGAGGCGGCCAUCAAGAAGGGAGGUGCCGAUUCGGGCGACUUCCGCAAUCCGAUGGACUUCUUUGAGAAGUUCUUCGGUGCCGGAUUCGGAGGCGGUGGCGGUGGACGGCGGCGCGAGAGGCGUGGCAAGGACGUGGUGCACCAGAUGACCGUUCAGUUGGAGGAGCUGUACAACGGUGCCACGCGAAAGCUGCAGCUGCAAAAGAACGUGAUUUGUGACAAGUGCGAGGGUCGUGGAGGCAAGAAGGGCAGCAUCGAGAAGUGCAUGCAGUGCCGAGGCAAUGGUGUCGAGACCCGUGUCCAGCAGAUCGCGCCCGGCAUCAUGCAGCACAUCGAGCAGGUGUGUCGCAAGUGUUCGGGAACAGGCGAAACUAUUCAGGAGAAGGACCGGUGCAAGAACUGCAGUGGCCGGAAAACGGUGCGGGAACGAAAGGUCCUCGAAGUGCACAUCGAGAAGGGAAUGCGGGACGGCCAGAAGAUCGUGUUCACAGGCGAGGGUGAUCAUGAGCCGGAAUCUCAGCCUGGCGAUAUUAUUAUCCUGCUGGACGAGAAGGAGCACUCAACUUUCGCGCACGCAGGUCAGGAUCUGAUGAUGAAGAUGCCGCUGCAGCUGGUUGAGGCGCUCUGCGGAUUCCAGCGAAUCGUUAAAACCCUGGACGAUCGCGAUCUGAUUGUCUCCACGCAACCCGGCGAGGUCAUUAGGCACGAGAUGACCAAGUGCAUUGCCGAGGAGGGCAUGCCCAUCUUCAAGAACCCGAUGGAAAAGGGAACACUGAUCAUCCAGUUCGAGGUGAUCUUCCCGGAGGUGAUGAAUCCGUCGGUGGUGCCCACGCUCAAACAGUGCCUACCGCCCGCGCCGGAGGUUGACAUUCCAAUCGAUGCAGAGCAGACGGUUUUGGAGGACUUUGAUCCGAAACAACGCCGCCAGCAACACCAGCGCAUGGCCUACGAUGAGGACGAUGGUGGCUAUCAGGAUGGCCCCCGCGUCCAGCAGUGCACAUCGAGUUAAGCUAAGCGCUCCCGCUGCGUGUUGCAACCCCGGACUCACACGCCCCUAACAAUACCCCCAAAUCAACAAGCAGUAAUAAUAUGUAAACCAGCUCCCGGAACACUGUAACUGCGCUUGCAAUGGCCGAAGAACUCCCUAAUGCACACAAACACACCAUCCAACACACACUAGGAGACCCAACCAAUCGAGAGAUCUAAAGUUAUUUCAUGCAAGCUACUAUAUUUAGGUAUAAAUCAAAGGAACUUAUCAGAUAUAUGCACUAUGUCUAUAACGCGUGGUUGUUUGAAAACCAAUGGGACAUUUUUCUUUUCGUUUAUGUUGCGUUGGUCUGUCAAAGAAUCGAAAACGGAUAAUGAAACUGAACUAAACUGAAAUUGAAAAUCAGCCGCCACUAGAACCGUAUAUAAAGUCCGCGCCAGCGAACGCGUCUAGGAACAUGUUUAAGUUAUUUAAUUCCAGCAUAAAUAAAAGCGUUAGUUUAAACGGA